AUGACUAUGUCAAUUCCACAACCUCCAGAAAGAUUUUUAUUAGGAAAUCUCAACGAGUUAGAUACAAACAAUUUUUUGCUAUCUCUAGAGAGACUCCAGAAACUCUAUGGCAGUAUAUACAGAUUGAAUGUAUUGGGCAGAAAAAUCGUGGUAGUAAGUAGCCAAGAGUUAGUCAAUUUUGUCUGUGAUGAAGCCAAAUUUGAUAAAAAAGUUGGUGAAGCUCUGCUUGAAAUCCGAGCAUUAGCUGGUGAUGGCCUCUUUACUGCCCAUACAUCCGAGCCAAAUUGGAAAUUAGCUCACAAUAUUCUUGUUCCGGCUUUUGGAGCUCAAGCAAUCCGUAACAUGUUUCCUGAAAUGAUGGACAUCGUAUCCCAAUUAAUUCUUCGUUGGGAACGUUUUGCAGGAGAAGAAAUCGAUGUUUGUGACAAUUUUACUCGCUUAACGUUAGAUACAAUUGCUCUGUGCAGUUUCGAUUAUCGAUUCAAUAGCUUUUAUCAGAAAAAGAUGCAUCGCUUUGUCGAUGCCAUGGUUAAUGUUCUCAUUGAAAGUGGCAAGCGUGUACAGCGUUUACCAUUACAAAAUAUGUUGAUGAUUGGAACAAAUCGAAAAUUUCAUGACGAUAUUGCAUAUAUCCAUGGAUUGUGUGAUGAAAUAGUUAAACAACGACGAGAACAUCCAAAUGAUGUCAAUGAUUUACUUAAUCGAAUGAUUAAUGGUAGAGAUAGUGUGACUGGAUAUCAACUAUCGGAUGAAAAUAUUCGCUAUCAAAUGGUCACUUUUCUCAUCGCUGGCCACGAAACCACAUCUGGAUUGCUUUCUUUUGCUUUCUAUUAUCUUCUCAAAAACCCAAAUGCUUUACAAAAAGCUCAGUUCGAAGUUGACCAAUAUGAUGAAAUUACGCUUGAUACAUUGAGUAAACUGAAAUAUAUCGAUGCAGUUUUGAAGGAAACACUUCGAUUACAAUCAACAGCUCCUCUAUUGUCUUUGCAAUCGAAAGAAGACAAAUUGAUGCUACCUGGUGGCUACGAAAUAUACAAAGACGACAUGAUCUUCGUUCUCUUAUCACAGCUACAUCGAGAUCCAAAAGUAUGGGAUCGUUCAGAAGAAUUUCUUCCUGAAAGAAUGCUCAAUGGAGGUUUUGAAAAUCUUCCAGAAAAUGCUUGGAAACCAUUUGGAAAUGGUCAACGUAGUUGUAUUGGUCGACCAUUUGCUAUGCAAGAAAGCCUUCUAGCCGUCGCAAUGAUUCUGAAACAUUUCUAUAUUGAUUUAGUUGAUCCAUCCUAUGAUCUCCGUAUCAAACAGACUUUAACUAUCAAACCCGAUGGAUUCAAAAUACGAGUAAGAUCACGUCGACGUGUAAAAAUUCCCUUAAAUAGUGAAAUCAAAAUGACUGAGUCGACACUCAAUCGUGUGAUUCCUACUGGUACAAACAAGCUUCAACCUAUAUCAAUUCUUUUUGGUAGUAAUGCUGGUUCAUGUGAAUCUUUUGCCGGUACCUUAGCAUCAGAAGCACCUCUACAUGGAUUCAGUGCUACUGUCACUACUCUUGACUCUGUUGUCGGAUCUGUACCAGAUGAUUGCCCAGUGAUUAUUAUUACUUCAUCCUAUGAAGGCAAACCUUGUGACAAUGCGAAGCAAUUUGUAGCGUAUCUAGCAUCGAAGCCAACACUUAAGAUUCAAUAUGCUGUCUUUGGUGCAGGUCAUCAUGAUUGGGUUAGUACAUAUCAAAAGAUUCCGAUCUAUAUUGAUGACAUGCUUGAAAAAGCGGGAGGAACUAGAAUUGUUGAACAUGGUGUUGGUGAUGCUGCUGGUGACUUUUUUGGAGCAUUUGAAGCUUGGAAAGAAAAUCUUUUCAAAGUUUUACGAAACACCGCAAGUAUUCAACCUAUCGUGAAUGACGAGGUACUUAAGAUUGAAUUGAUUCAUACAUCAAGAAAUCGUGUACAAAUAACUGAGGUGGGUUUUGUCAAAGAAAAUAAAGUAUUGACAGAAGCCAGCGAACUUGGACCUGCGAAAAGACACAUUGAAAUUGAAUUACCGAAGGGACAAACAUAUCGUGCCGGUGAUUAUCUUGCGAUAUUACCAAGAAAUCCAGUUCAAUUAGUGUAUAGAGUUCUGGAACGAUUCAAUUUAUUAAUUGAUGCGCAGAUCAAAAUUCAUUCGCUUGUUGAUACAUUUCUUCCCACUGAUGGUCCGGUGAGUGUAUUCGAAGUUUUGAGCAAUUAUGUUGAAUUGACUCAACCGAUUAGUAGAAAACAACUGGAAACACUUGUAGUUUUAUGUAAAGAGGAAAAAGAACAAAGACAACUGAGAACUAUCAGCGAUGAUACAUAUCAAACGGAAAUUUUGGAUAAACACGUUAGCACGUUAGAUAUUCUCGAACUUUAUCCGUCUUGCGAACUUUCAUUUUCACAAUAUCUUCGAAUGCUUCCAUCACUUCGUAUUCGUCAAUAUAGCAUUUCAUCAUCACCACUAUGGAAUCCGGAGGUAGUGACACUUACUCUGGACAUAGUUGAUAGUCUAGCAUUGAGCGGACAUGGACGCUAUCGUGGUAUUGCCUCGAAUUAUCUUGCCAAUUUGAAAAAAGAAGAUCGCCUUCAUUGUACUAUUCGAACAAGUGAUGCUGGGUUUCAUUUACCUAAAGAUACAACAACGCCGGUGGUCAUGUUUGCUGCUGGAACUGGAAUCGCUCCUUUUCGUGGUUUUAUUCAGGAGCGAGCCGCACAGUUGACGUGCGGACGAGAAGUUGGGCCAACUGUGCUAUAUUUCGGCUGCCGAUCAUCGCAAGAUUUUCUGUACUUUAAUGAACUUGAAAAGUGGUCUCAAUUGGGUGCCGUUCAAGUCAAAACUAUCUUCUCUCGUCAAUCAGAUGAUGGUAAAAAAUAUAUUCAAGAUUUAGUGUGGGAAGAUAGACGAGAGAUCAUCCGGCUAUUUCGUGAAGGUGCAUGUUUCUACACUUGUGGAAGUGCAAGUAAAUUGGCUGCUUCGUUGAAAAUCUGCUUGACUAAGAUUAUCGCCGAAGAGAAACAGUGCGAUGAGAAAACAGCAUCUGACGUUUUCGAAAAGAUUUCUGUAAAUCGAUAUAAUGUUGAUGUUUUUGCUUAA